CCUGUUCAGCUAACACACGGAACUGUCUCAAGCUGCAACACCAAAGAGCUGCUGACUUUAAGAAAGGCGUCCCAGCACAAGAAGCAGCCCUGUGCUCAAGAAUGGAAGGCACUCUAAACCCUUAACAAAGAGCACCACAACAGUCAAAUCAAGAGAGGAACAAAAAGAUACUGUAAGAUGGUCAACACCAGCACAAACUCCUUGGGAAACAACUGCAGUCAAAGCACAGUAAUAACCAAGACAGUCAUUCCCCUGGUCUACUGUUUAAUUUUCAUAGUAGGACUGUUGCUGAACAGUGUGGCAGCAUGGAUUUUUCUCUACGUUUCUAGCAAAAAGAGUUUUAUUGUUUAUCUCAAAAACAUUGUUGUUGCUGAUCUCCUAAUGAGCUUGACGUUUCCUUUCAAAAUUCUUGCUGAUUCAGAAAUUGCACCUCCACAGCUCAACAUGUUUGUGUGCAGAUACUCUGCUGUCGUUUUUUAUACAAACAUGUAUAUUGGGAUAACAUUUUUUGGCCUCAUUGGUUUCGACAGAUAUUACAAAAUUGUAAAGCCUUUAUUCACCUCUUUUGUUCACACAGUUAACUACAGUAAGGUGGUCUCUAUAAUCAUAUGGUUAUUGUUAAUGCUUAUAUCGCUUCCAAAUAUGAUUUUAACUAAUGAAAUCACUAAAGAAAAUUAUUCCAGAAAAUGUAUAGGUCUUAAAAGCGAGCUUGGCAGACAGUGGCACAAAGCAUCAAGUUAUAUUUGCACUGUAAUUUUCUGGAUUGUUUUUCUUCUGCUAAUCAUUUUUUACACUUCUAUAUCAAAAAAAAUAUAUAGUUCUUAUAAAAAAUUCAGAAGGAACUCAGAUGUGACCAAGAGAAAAACCAGCCGUAAUAUAUUCAGUAUCAUGUUUGUAUUUGUCAUUUGCUUUGUACCCUAUCACCUCUGCCGAAUACCAUAUACUCUAAGUCAAACUAGCUCACAAUUCAACUGUCAGUCAAAAAAAAAUCUCUUCUAUGCAAAGGAAUUUACUCUUGUACUGUCUGCUGCAAAUGUAUGCCUUGAUCCCAUUAUUUAUUUUUUCCUCUGCCUACCUUUUAAAGAAAAGCUGUAUCAAAAGCUACAUCUCGAGCUAAAAACUUCAAGUGAGGUUGAAAUCUCUAAAUACAAAAGAUCAAAUACACUUCAGGAUAGUAUAAACAUCAUGUAGGUUCAGAUCAUUAAAAUAAUGGAUGUUUUAGGGAGUUAUUCAAGAAUGCAAAUGUCUCAAAGAAACUGAACAGAUAAGAACCAGCAAUAAAACAGAAACAAGGUUUCCAAA